AUUUAGUCUAUUCCACCCCCAACCCAACUAAACCACUCUCUAAAUGCUAUAAAGUUUGCCCCCACCAUGAUGGGACUUUCAAGACAUUCUCGGAGUGGCUGCUCAUUUUGAUUCCCUCCGACACUUCGCCGCCUUUAAUCAUUCCGACCACCGAAAAGAAAUGGAUCCGAUCAGUUCCGCAACAACCAAACAGACCCAUCUCGCGGCGGUGCCGUACCCCGGCAGAGGCCAUGUCAACGCCCUCAUGAACCUCUGCAAGCUCCUCUCUCUCAAAAACCCAAACAUUCUCAUCUCAUUCAUCGUCACCGAAGAAUGGCUCACCUUCCUCGCCGGCGAAUCCAAACCCCAAAACAUCAGAUUCGCUACCAUCCCCAAUGUCAUCCCCUCCGAGCUCGGCCGCGCUAAUGACUUCCCAGGUUUUAUCCGAUCUGUUAACUCCGAUUUGGAGGCUCCGACUAACACUCUGCUCACCCGCCUCCACCCGCCGCCGACGGCCAUCGUUGCGGAUGCCUUCCUUCCCUGGGUGGUACAGUUGGGGAACAACCUCCGUAUUCCGGUGGCUUCGCUCUGGCCCAUGUCGGUAACGGUUUUCUCCAUUCUUUACCAUUUUGAGCUCCUUCAGGAACAUGGGGAUUUCCCUGCUGAACUCUCAGAAAGGGGAGAACAUAUUGUCGAUUACUUCCCCGGAGUGUCGAAGAUUCGUCUUGCAGAUUUGCCAUCUUUCUUCUCCGGCAAUGGCGUCAAAGUCGUCGGAGCCGCCGAGAAAUCUGCCCGUUCUGUUGACAACUCUCAGUUCCUGAUCUCCACCUCUGUUUACGAGCUUGAAUCCUCUGUAAUCGACGCUUUAAAAGCAAAGUUUCCCAUCCCAAUCUACACAAUCGGGCCCAGUACACCGUAUUUCGAGCUUGAAACUUCGGUCAAAGACAACGGCGGCGACCCCAAAAACUACCUCCGGUGGCUGGACUCUCAAGCAGAGGGAUCUGUUUUGUACAUUUCGCAAGGGAGUUUUCUUUCAGUUUCGAGCGCUCAAAUGGAGGAGAUCAUCGCCGGCGUGAAAGACAGCGGCGUACGGUUCUUGUGGGUGGCGCGUGGAGACGACGGCUGGUUGAAAGAUGUGGAUGAGGAAACUGGGAUGGUGGUUGAAUGGUGCAAUCAAUUAAAGGUUCUAUGCCACAAUGCCAUCGGAGGGUUCUGGACUCACGGUGGUUGGAAUUCGACUCUGGAAGGGGUUUUCGCCGGCGUUCCAAUGCUUGCUUGGCCGAUAUUUUGGGAUCAGAUUCCGAACAGUAAGAAAAUCGUUGAGGAUUGGAAAGUUGGGGUCAGAUUUGAAGCGGUUGGGGGUCGGAAUUUGGUGGGGAGAGAGGAAAUUGCAGAGACUGUGAAGAGAUUUAUGAAUCCAGAGAAUGUUGAAGGAAGAGAGAUGAGGAAAAGAGUGAGCGAACUCCGAGAGACUUGCCGGCGAGCGGUGGCGCGCGGUGGUUCUUCUGAUUCCAACAUUGAUGCAUUCCUCGGGGAUAUUUGUGGAGUAGCGAGGGAAUUGUGAUUUUUGGGCUGUUUGGUUUAGUAAGGUUAAAUUACAAAAUGGUCCUAUAAUUUGAAUAAAUUUACAUUUGAACCAUAUUA